CCGGUUUCCGCCUUUUAGAGCAACGGCCGUCCGCGGGAGUGAAGCGGCAAACUCAAAAAAGGAAAGUUGGAAAGAAAAUAUUAAAAAUAAAGUAAACGGGAUACUGUAAAGUCACCAACAUUUCACCAUCAAUAUCAGGAAUAUGAGCCUACCAUGACAGAAACCCUUUUCAACCAGAUUCUGCAGGCCCAAGUCAGGUGUAAAGACUGCGAAGAUAGGAGGGCCAAUAUUCGAGUCAGCAUUGAACUUCAGUCCACAUCAAAUCCAGUCCACAAAAAAGAUUUGGUAGUGCGGAUAACAGAUGACAUAGAUCUGUAUUUUCUUUACAAACUUGUUAUAUCAGAAGAGGAUUUCCAAAGCUUAAAGGUCCAACAGGGUCUCCUUGUAGACUUUUCAGCAUUUCCACAAAAAUUCAUAGACCUCUUGCACCAAUGUAUCCAAGAGCAAGACAAAGACAACCCAAGGUUUCUACUGCAGUUCCUUUCAUCAACACCAGUAUUAGACCACACUCCUGCCCAUUUAAACAUAGUAGAGACAAAUGCCUUCAAACACCUUACACACCUUUCCCUCAAACUCCUACACGGUACAGAUGUGGAAAUAAAGAAGUAUUUGGCAAUCUGUUUAGCAUGUGUAAAGGAUGAAAGAUUGUUGUUGGAACAGAAGCUUCAGAAAACAGAGGAAGAUCUCUCCAGGCAGUUAAGCUGCACACAACAGACUCUGUCAGAAAAGAGCAGAGAACUUGACAGAUUGAGAUCUGAAUGGACAUCCCAAACUACUGCCCUGUCAAACAAGCAUUCUCAGGAGCUAACUUCAGAGAGGGAAAGGGCACUUGAGGUCCAGACAAAAUAUCAGCAGCAGUCUGAGCAGCAGCGGAGAGAGUUGGAAAGUCUGCAUCAGAAAAACAUAGAGCUAAUACAGACCAGACUAGUCGAGCUGGAGACAUGCAACAAAGAACUGACAGAACGGAAAUACAAAUCCGAAUCAAUCAUCCGGGAGCAUGCGGCUAAACUUGUGGGCCUUGAAGAUGAGUUGCACAGAGCAAAGCAAGAGGUCCUGUCACUGCGCCGGGAAAACUCCACCCUGGAUGUGGAAUGCCAUGAAAAGGAAAAGCACAUCAAUCAGCUGCAAACUCGAGUGGCUGUGCUAGAGCAAGAGAUCAAAGACAAAGAUCAGCUGGUGAUCAGAUCAAAAGAAGUAUUGGAUGCCACUCAGGAACAAAAGCUGACUAUCGAAGAAAAUGCAGAGAGAAGACAACUUCAUAUUGGAAAACUUGAGACAACAGUUCAGUCUUUAUCGGAGGAGUUGAUUAAGGCAAAUGAAAUUAUUAAAAAACUACAAGGAGGUGUGAAAACUCUGGCAGGAAAACUAAAACUAAAGAAUACGGUUACCAUUCAGCAAGAAAAACUGUUAUCUGAGAAAGAAGAAAAAUUGAAGAAGGAACAGAAAGAGUUGCAUGAUGUUCAGCAGGCUCUUCGACUGAAAGAGGAGGUGGCAUCAAAACUGCAAGAGCAACUGGAAGCUACUGUUCAAAAAUUAGAGGAAAGCAAGCAGCUGCUUAAAACUAAUGAAAAUGUGAUCACAUGGCUUAACAAACAACUUAAUGAAAACCAGGUGACGAGGAAGCAAGAAACAUUAGGAAUGUUUGAAACGCCGCCUGGUAUUUCUUCUAAUGGAGGUUUCAGAACUGGAACUUUAGCUCAGAAUAUGGUGUUUGAAAAUCGACCCCUUCACUCUGCCUCGGGAACAAACUGUCCUGUUACCUCUACUUUAAAUUCAAAGCAUUCCUUCUUCCCACAGUCCUUUGCUGUUAGCACUGGCAGCCGUCCAUCCUUAGCACUCCACAAUCAGGGCUAUGGACCAAAGGUCCAGUUUAAUCCUCUGAUGUCUAAACCCAGUGUGUCUCCUGUCGACAUGAAACCAGGGGCUCCUACAGUACAAAAUGCACAUGCCUUCUCAAAUAAAGAAAAUGGUGAACCUUUUGGUCUGGAAUCGAAGUAUUUUCAAAAACGCGAGGACAGCAUUCCUCUGCGUGGAAUUGUACCAAACAAAGAACUCCAAGUGGGUGCUGCACAUCCAUCUUCUAAACCAGGACCCUAUUCUGCAGCAUCUGCCUACUUCCCUGGACAAUAGCCAGGAAUAUUAAAUGUUGCACUCAGUACUUCGAACCCUCACCUGAACUUACUCUACAUUUUACAGAAAGCAACUGUAUAGUAAACUGAAGAAUGUGAGGUUUUAGUUCCCUUUUCAGUAAUUUUAAAGCAAAUGUAAAAAGUGAUCCAUAUGCACUAAGGAAUAUUUGGGACAUAUAUGGGACUGUUUCAAAGUUACAUCUGAGUAGUUAACGGUAGAUCCUGAAUCUGAUUAUUCAAAAAUGUAAACAUAACUAGUCCUAGACAAGUUCUUCAUAAAUUCAUACCACAAAGAUAUUAAAAUAAGUGGAAAUUGAAUUUAAAUGCUUGGAUUUAAAAAUCAAACUCUUCCAAAUGUAUAUAAAAAGGAAAGAAAAAAAAUGAAUGUCAAAGUUAGUACUGUAACUGGUUUAAAUUUACAAAACCGUAACAGGUGUAAAAACAAUAGUUUACUCAUUUGUGGUUUGGAAAGCAAAUUAUUACUCUACCUCUCUUGGACAACCUUUUUUAAAAAAUCAUUGAUUUAUUUAAAAAAUUGUUUUGCUGUGUACAAAUUGUAAAGUUUUAUUUUCAAUCAUGAGUGCUGUUUCAAAAACAUUAACUAGUAAUGUUUU